AUCAUUGUAGAUUGGAUCCGUGCGUACUCCUCUGGUACCUCCAGCUGCAGUUGCUCUACCAAACGGCACACUUUUCAUUCUGGUGUCUCUGCGUUAGCAUCAGUUAGCAUCUACGAAGCUCGAGUUCGGACCUUGUAUUUCAUCGUAUGAUCGUUUGAGUUCGGACUUAUUGUUAGUAUUUUAUCAUAUGAUCGUAGAAACUUGCAAAGCGAGGUGCAGUGGAAGUGGCCAUACGUGCCAGUCGCGUUACGUGAAGUCGCAACGCGAAACAACGCAAAGACGGGAACAAGCUUGAGCUCGGUGGAUUGAGCGGAUCGAGCAAGUGCGAUCGACGUCACCGUAGUUGUCGAUAGCUGCUCCAGCUCGCUUCGACGAGUGUCUAGUUUAAAGUACACAGACACAUCGCGCGCACACACGGCGCGCACACUACACAUAUACACUUGCACAUUUACAUACAUACGUACGUACGUGCGUAUCGCUAGUGCGAGUGGGUGGGCGAGGCGUGUGCUCGCUCUGGUGCUUGCACACGACGAGAAUCGAGAAUCGUGCGAGCGUGUCGAGGCUCGAGCGUGUGUGCAUUUAUUCGAGCGGUGGUGCGUCGAUCGCACGAUCGGCAGCGAUGAACGACGACAGAAGCGAGGAUGAUUCGAUAAUGGACCUCUGGUACAGCAAUUGGGAACAGCAAUGUGUCGAGGCGAUCGAGUCCGAGCCCGAUUACGAGAGUCAGCUGCACAACGAGAAGGAACUCUACUCGCAGCAGAUGUGGACGAGCUUCCAGACCACCGCGUCGGCCAUCGCCCAAUUGUACAAAGAUUCAGUGGACUGUAUGAGACGCUGCAGUGAUCUCGGAGUGGAAAUGGGCAGGCAAAAACGUAGUAGAGAAAUAAUGAAUUGGGCUAGGAAAAAAAGGCGUAUGAUUCGCAGGGAAGAUCUUCUCGCGUAUCUCGCUGGAAAGCCACCACCGCCACCUCGGGCACAUCCACACAGAAGUUCACCCAAGCCACGUAUGAUGGUGUGUGGUUCGCCGUCGUCGCACAGUCAAACGCCAAGUAUGGUUAUUGCUCCAGCACCAUCGGCAGGCAACGAUCCCGAUCCCGAGUUACAUACAUUCAGAGAAGCCAUCGCAUUGUCAGGCUCUCCAAUGUCUCGGCGCAGCGGACGACAAGCCGAACUGUCGGCCUUUAUUAACAACGAACUGGCUCGACAUCAUAAACGACCUGCUUCGCAUGACGUGGAUAUGGGAUCGCCAACGCACAAACGUAUGCGUGUACUGUAACGGCGCGCGACACGUAAGGUAGCUUUACUCCCUCGCUCCCUGUUAAUUAACCGACCCGAUUAACGAAUAAUAGUUUAGCUCCCCUAUAUAACUCUCAGUUACGCGUAAUUGUUUCAAAGAGACGGUAGUGAUUCGCACUGCCAGAUGAGCACGUUCGUUUGUAUCUCUGGUAGCUUCUACUGCCAAGUUUCUGUUUUAUAUGGUGGAAAAACAAAUCAUCUGAUCUCUUGAUAACCAAGAGGCUGAUUUCGGCCGAUACUGAAAUGAAACGGAAAAGUGAAGUGAAAUACUUUAUUUAAUGUUAUAAUGUAAUAUAUUUGUUAAAUAUGUUUGUUUUCGCAACAUAAAAUUGAUUUACACGCGUGCGUGUCUCCAGUCAAUCGUCUUACGUUAUUAUUAGUGCAAUACAAAAUCAUGGAAACGAGAACACGCGAACGUGUCUUAAUGUGCCCCAUUUAAAGUGCCCCUGUACGAUGAUUGGUCUUGCUUGAUCCGCAGAAGAAAAAUUUGUAUACGAGACUGUCGAUCAUUUUCUCAAUCUGUAAAUCAACCUAUGAGAACUAGCCAGAUGUGUAAUGCUAUCCAAACUGUUAAGUCUUUAUAUAAACUUCAAUAUGUAUAUCGAUACGUAUAUCCAAAUAAUGACUAAUAAGCAUCCUGAUAUUUGUCGGUAUCGUCGGUCUGUUCGUAUCACGUAUCAUCGAAAUUUUCAAUAGACGGAACAAAAGAUACUUUCUUGUCACGUCAUAAUGACGAUUCACGUCGAGAAGCGACAGAGAGAAGAUUGUAAACGAUUGUAAAAUACUUCUUCUCUCGUUAAACGAUAUCGUUAUUCGGUCAUUAUGUAAUACCGUUUUCAUCGUGAUUAUAGGUAGUUGAUGCUUUAGACAACUUUUUAUCGAUAAAGUGAUUAUUUCAUAUUAUUUUGUUGAUGAUGGGCAGACAUGGCAAAGAGUAGAGCAAAUAGCAAAUGAAGAGCAAGUGGACGAGACGUAGAAAGUAAUAAUAGUGCGAUGACAAUUUGUUUAUUUUUAUCGCACUGCACGCCACACUUAUCGACUUGACGGUCCUUUGAACCGUUUCUCGAAAUUCUUGUUGCAAUGCGAAUGUACAGCGAAUUUGCGAAUCUUUUUUCGUAUAACACAUAUACAUGUAAUUUUAUAAUUUAUCUCUUAGUAAUUUCUUUAUAUAUUCUUUCCUGUCUUGCAUCUCUAGAUACUUAACACAUUCUCCCUUCAUCGUGUGCAUUAUCGUGAAAUGAAUCAUGAAGUGAUUGUUGCCCAAAUUAUUGAUUUUAAUUUUGCGUGUCUAGACUUGCAUGAUUAGGGCGAUUAUGUCGAAUAUUGAGAUUUUAAAAAAAGGCAAAAAAACGAUAGAGAAUUUAAAACAGUUUAUUACGCAAUUAUUAAAAAAAA